UGGAGAUUUAAACACAAAAGUCAUUUACUUAAGUACUCCCAGAAAAAGUAAAAAUCUUCAGAUUUUUAUGGCGACAAUAUUUUUGAUGUGAAAUACCAAACAUAUCCAAAGUUUUUGUUUUGUGUAAAAGUAUACACGGUUUUCGUAUAUAAUUGCGUUAAAAAGUGUUUUUAAUACAAAAUGUCAACUCAUUCAACAAAUUCAGACAUUAUAAGACAACGUCUUCCAGCAGUGAUGGUUCCGCGCGAAGAGGUGAGCCUCUGGUCGAUACUGAAGCACUGUAUCGGCAAAGAGUUGUCGAAAAUCACGUUUCCAGUGGUGUUCAACGAACCCCUCAGUUUCCUGCAACGGAUGACCGAAAUACUGGAAUACGCCGAGCAUUUGAAUGUCGCCGACCAACUGGACGACCCCAUCGAGCGCAUGGAGGAAGUCUGCGCGUUCAUAGUGUCCGCCUAUUCGUCAAACUGGUUGCGACUCAACAAACCAUUCAACCCAUUGCUGGGCGAGACCUACGAGUACGAGCUCCCGGAGCUGAACAUAAAGGUGGUGUUCGAGCAGGUGUCCCAUCACCCGCCGGUGAGCGCCUGGCACGCCGAGAGCGACCACUUCGUACUCCACGGCACCAUUAAUCCCAAGUUGAAGUUCUGGGGCAAAUCCAUUGAGAUCGCCCCGGAGGGCACCGUUACGCUCAAACUCAAGUCCCGGCCCGACGUCUACACCUGGAAGUCCGUCAACUGUUGUGUUCAUAAUAUUAUUGUCGGAAAGCUGUGGUUCGAAGAGUACGGCUUAAUGGAGGUAACGAACCAAACGAAUGGUAUGCGAACGCAAUUGAACUUCAAGCCAGCAGGGUGGUUUGGCAAGGACCUGCAUAGAUUUGAUGGAUUCAUUUACUCACAAGACAAAGAGAAGUUGCGAUUCAUAUACGGGAAAUGGAGCGACUAUUUGAAGAGUGUCGGCGCUGAUGACUACGACGAGUAUAUGCGCACCCAUUCGCAGCGGUUCCGGGUGCCCGACCGGCCCGCCACCGACAGCUCCCAGCCCUCUACGCCCCGCAAAAUGUUCUCAAAACUCAAUAGU